CUGGGUGUGUCACUUUUGCCCACCUGGAAGUGGGGUUGCCGUGGGAGAUGUGAAGUCAGGCCCUCGGGGGGCGCGGCACACACAGUGGACGAGCCGUGGCCAGCAUCGUGGGCGCUGCUCAGGCGUCCUCACCUGGGCGAGGUGACUGUCCUCGCUCCAUUGAAGGUCGGCAGGUUGGGCCACCUUGCACCUUUUGCCACCUGCCCCCACCUAUGACCUCACCCCAGAGCGGUCAGUGGGAACCCUGAGGGGUCUGUGAGGUCACCGCAUUCCACUUCACAAAGACUUGUCGGGCCCUGGCGCUGGCCUGUCUCCGCCCCGAGGCCUCAAGAGCUUCCUGAGAGGGACCCAGAGCAUUGGGACCUGACGCAUCCAGUGGCCAGGACAAGGGGCAGAAGUCCUGUGGGUAGGAGUCCCAGGAGGUCAUUCAUUCAGCAAUUCCCGGACGCCCAGGAAGCCCCCGGCCUGGCUUGGGCGCCGUCCCCGCCGCCAGGCCGCCAUGGUCCUCGGCUGGCUGCUGCUUCUCAUGAUGGCUCUGCCGCCGGGCACCACGGGGGCCAAGGACUGCAUCUUCUGUGAGCUGACCGACUCCACCAAGUGCCCUGGCACCCACAUGCGCUGCGGGGAUGACGAGGACUGCUUCACAGGCCACGGGGUGGCGCAGGGCGUGGGCCCCGUCAUCAACAAGGGCUGCGUGCGCUCCACCAGCUGCGGCCGGGAGGAGCCGGUCAGCUACAUGGGCCUCACCUACAGCCUCACCACCACCUGCUGCUACGGCCACCUGUGCAAUGCCAGCCCGGGCCACACAGGCAGCACGACGGUGGCGGCCGCGGCGGGCCUGCUGGUGGGCUUGCUGCUUCUGCCACAUUUGCCGUAGCCCUCUGGGAGGGCAGGGCCCGGGACCGGUCUCCCAGAUGCCCCACCUUUCCCCCUUUCCCCCAUUAAAUGGCCAGAGGCCCUCGACGACCGCUUGUGGCCCCGGCUCCAUCCAUUCUAGGGCUGUCCCCCCGCAGCCCAGGGCCGGGAGGAGCACCCGGGGCCUGACUCGGUGGUGCCGGCCGGUGGCCUGUGAGCUUGACUGCACGACUGUAUUUCAUCGGUUCUAAGAUGUGUGUAUUUUUGCAUUUCAAUCAGGAUACUUCUUUCCCUUGGUGGCACCUUAGAGUCUAUGAAAUAUGACUAAAAAAAAAAUCAUCGUAAAAAUAAAUGACAGCUGACACUGA